UUACAGAUGAACCAGAAAUUAAUGAUGUUUUUGAGAAAGUAAAUAAGAGGAUUAAAACACAAGAAAUUGAAAAUAAUAAAAUUUUUUCUAAACUUUCUGAUAACGAGAAAGAAAUUGUGGUAAAUACCAGAAAUGAACUAGAGAAAAUAUCUUUUCUCCAGAUUCGAGCUUUACAUGUUGCCUUGAUACUUUGCAAAAAUAUUUUCCUAACAGUGAAUAUCGAGAUUAUCACAUCUACUGGUAAGGCUGCGCUUGAAUUAAAAUCGUCUGGUAAAACCUGCCGGACGAUUCAUUCGGUAUUUAAGUUUGGUAAGAAUAUAUCGCCUAACAAGAUAAAAUGGAAACUAAGAGAUAAAGGCUACUGUGAUUGGCUGAGAAAAGUGCGAGCAAUAAUCAUAGAUAAAUGUUCAAUGAUUAAUGAUGACCUUCUCGAUUAUAUCGUCCACCUAUUUACAAGAA